ACCAGCAGCAGCGCCAGGCUCCUCUGAACUCAGCCUACUUCAACCUGCAGCGGCCAGAGGCGCAGACGGCCCGAGUUUUGACGUUUCCUAUUGUUGCCGGAAGUGACGUUGCAGCUCGAGACGCUCUGACCAUCUAAACUAUGAAAAUUUCUUACGUGCAAUUUGGGAUCGGACUGGUCACUGAGAAGGCUCUCAGCAGAGUCAGUCUUCUCAGGGUCUAGAUGAACGAGGUGUGGAAUCUGCAGGGAGGAAUCCCGGAGCGCUGACGAGCCGGCAGCUUUGAAGCUCUUGCCGCGGAGAGUGGCGCGCUUCAACCCGCGGUUCCGAAUAGAAACGGUCGGCGCGAGAAGCAGCCGAAGCGCAGGUGCCGGAGCGCAGGUGCCCGGUCGCAGGUGCCGGGUCGCAGGAAGUCGUUGCGGGAAGCUGGGCGUCGGUGUCUCUCUGGUUCCAUACGCUCCUGCCCCCUUCCCUUGUCCUGCUGGUCCAGGGGCCCUCGAAGCCCCCUUCCCCGCCCAGCGGCCGCUAGGAACACCCGGGGGAGGCGGAGAAGCUGCGCCCUAGGUUGGACAGAGGUCGCCUCUUUCCGCUACCCUUACCCAGGCCCUGGAGGGUGGCUGAGGACCAGAUCCAAGCUGUACUUGUAUCUCACUCUUCUUCAAAAUAUUUAUUCUGCUGUUAAUGAAGAGGAUGUGUUCCAGGGACAUACUUUGUUGUCAGAAAUUCCAUUACCAGAGGUAGACACAACAUAAGUGAUUGUAAUGUGUUACAGGAAAUCAGAAAAAGGAAAAAUGGAAAGACACUAUGAAGUAUUAAACAAAAUUACAUAUACUGGAAAGAUGGAAUACACAUCUGGAAAAUUAAAGGAAGUCUUUGGGGGAGAGAUACAGUUUGUAUAAAGUUUUAGAAUGCCAUAGGGGAAGAAAACACCUUUAGAAAAUUGUGUUAAGAUAGAUGGAUCUGGAAACUAGAAGAAGCUGGCCAAUGGCAACAGCCAAGAAGGUUUCUUGUAGCUAAGGCCAGAUUAGCUAAUUCUUUGUCUUUCCCAGGAAAGUAAAGACCAGUUUUGGGAAGUCAUCUCUGUUAUCCUUUGUGUACAUCUGUCCCCAGUCAUCCUAGAAGAUGUUAAAUAUAGUUUACCUUCUUUGCCAGUGUUUUGUAUAAUGUGAUUUCUGGAUCAUUUCUCUUUAUUUGGUUAUCUCCCAUUUGACUAUACCUGCAAUUCCUAUGCCUAAAGUUAUGAAAUUAAACUGAUAAAAUGUAAAGUUGAGAUAACUGAUUGUAAAAUAGUGACCAAAACUUAUGCACAAAUAUAUAAAAGUAUACUCAAUAACUUAUUUUUUACUGCAUUGAUAAAGCAGAGGAGGCUAGCAACAGGAAGUUACUGUGUCCCUAAAUAGAGGGAACAGUCACUGUUCCCUGGGGAAAACAAUACGGAAACAGGACACUAGACACUUAAAAUAGAAAGCUUACUAAAUUUAGGCUUUUGCAAAUUACUAGCGUUAUUAUCUAUUAGUUAUGAGUAGACACAGAGAAGGUGUGUCAGGAAAUGAUUUGUGUUCUGGGCAACUACUUGAAUGCUGUUUUGGGAGAAAACAUCAUACUAACUUUACUUAACCUGAUUUCUGAAUUUUUCUCUUUUGUUUUUAAUAUCAAUGACUUCAUUUUAAAGGAGCUUCAUUUCCAGAGGAUUCAAUAAUCAAGGGUUGUCAAGACUGACCUUUUGGGAGCAACUCUCCAGGACUGUCUCCCAAGGCACCUCUGGGUGGGUUCGAACUGCCAGCCUUUCAGUUCGUAGUCAAGCCCUUAACCAUCUGCAUGACCCGAAGACUCCAUAUAAAAGCCCUACUCCAUACAGUAAAGUAAAAUACUAAGUUUUUUCAAGAGCUGGAGGUGAAUCUAGCGUUAAAUAAUGGCAACAGGUGACUUAAAAAGAAGCUUACGGAACCUGGAACAAGUACUUCGCUCACUAAAUUAUCCUAAGGAGGUGGAUUGUAUAGGUUUGAUAAAGGGAGACACAGCAGCCAGUUUGCCAAUCAUCAGCUAUUCUCUUACUUCAUAUUCGCCUUAUGUAGCAGAACUUCUGAUGGAAUCCAACGUAGAACUCAUAGCAAAGAAUGACUUGCGCUUUAUAGAUGCUGUCUAUAAGCUUCUUCGUGAUCAAUUUAAUUACAAGCCAAUUUUGACAAAAAAGCAAUUUCUUCAGUGUGGGUUUGCGGAAUGGAAAAUACAAAUUAUUUGUGAUAUUUUGAAUUUUGUGAUGAAAAAGCACAAGGAGUUGAGUAGUCUUGAGAAGACUCCAUCACAACAGAGAAAGAAGAUUAGUUUUGGUAAGUCAGAGCCUUUGGAUAGUGAAAAAACAGCUACAGAACCUGUCGGCAUUGAUGUCACUGGAAGGUUUAUGACUUCAGGAAAGAAAAAAGCUGUGGUGAUUCGUCACCUGUAUAACGAAGAUAGUGCUGACACUCCUGAAGGUACAUUAAGUACCGUGACAGAUGCCAACGAAGCCUUUGAUGUGUCUGACAUAAAGCCUCCUGAAAUAAAGAUACCUGAAAUGAAGGCCCCUGAAAUCAAGUCCGAGCAACAAGAUGUGAAACUCGAUUCUGAGAUUGCUGGACUACAGACUGUGCUUGCUGAAUGUCAAGAAAAGCUGAAGCAGCUUAGUGGGCUAGAGAGUAGGAUAGAGUGUUUAGAAGAAAAAAUGAAAGGAAAAGUGACAGUAAAUGAAAAGGCCUGGACCAAUCUUCUAAGUCGUGUCACUCUUCUUGAAACAGAAAUGCUUUUGUCUAAAAAGAAUGAUGAAUAUAUAGAGUUGAAUGAAAUGAGUGAGGACUCUGCUUCUAGUAGGCACAUGGAUCAUCUGAGUUGUGGUAGGAAAAGCACAGAGGAGAGGCCAGCAAGCCUUCCCCUGUCCUCUGGGUACAGUACAUCAUCAUCAGAUUCAACUCCCAGAACCCUGACUAUCAAUAACUGCGAUCUGAAAGGUAAUUCAGAGGAAACAACAAUCCAGAAAAUGGAAAGGAUGAAAAAAAUGUUUGAAGAAACUGCGGAGUUAUUGAAAUGUCCAGCUAACUAAAUGGAGAAUUAUCUGCAGGACCUUCUCUAGGACGUUGACUGUUGUACAUGUUAUGUAUUUUAAGAAUUAUAUCUACAAUUUUAAUAUACUGCAACAUUUUGAUUAAGAAUUUGAAUUCCAUCUGGUUCAUGAGUUUUGUCAUUCAAUAAUGAAUAAAUAAUUUUUUUUUUUAUGACUAUACUACUUUACUGUAUUUUACUUUUCUUAGGAAAAACUUCUGUUCCAGUACAUUUCUUUUACAGAGUGAAGUCAUUACAGCACUGUAUUUUUGUGUUGACAUUUGUUGGCAGUGUGCUAAGUAAUAUGUUUUUUAAAGUACAGACUUGAGGACCAUGGUUUACAUCCUGUUGGAAAUACUCCAACUGGGACUUGCAUAUUGUACCCAGGAGGCUCUCAUACAUACCAUCUUGCCAUCUGUACUUUUGAAUGCAUUGUAAUGAAAAGUUAAAUAUGCUCAUUGAAAAUUAAAUAAAACAAAAACA